AUGGCGCAAACGGACAAGAUGCAACCACCGGCGGAUCGGCCGUACAAGAAGCACCUCGACGAAGCGGCAAGCCAUCAGACGGACGACUACCGUGAGCCAGGUGUGAUUCAAAAAGCCGUCGAAAAAGUCUCCGAAUACAUUCCUGCGGCAGCUGGUCCCCUAGAGCAGCUGACAGGCCACCAAGCGGCGGCGACAAAGACGGAAGAAGCAGAGGAGGCGCCUGCGCCGGACCCGUCGCAGCAGCCAGCACGACCAGUGCAUGAUGAGCAUAUUGAGAAUUUCGUGAGGGAGCAGCAUCGGCAGGAUGGUAGCAAGAUUUUGGAGGGGCAUAAGCAGUAG